GUAGUACUAGCUGGAGACUUGAAUGCUCAGGUCGGGCGUAAUUUGAUUAAUGUUCAUUUUAUGUUCCAAACUUAUUAUUAUUAUUAUCAUUACACUUGAUAACCUUUUUGAGGAAUUUAUUCAAUAUCCACCCCUAAAUCCACAUAUUAUUUUACAUAUUACGCAAUUUCCGAUUUUUAUUCCAUUAUUUUCUCUCUCACCCCAUGUUGACCAUAUUUAUUCUGAUUAUUUAUCGCACCAUUUCAUUUCGCUUAUAAACUGAUUCAAGUUAGCACUUCAUAUUAGUCAGCUCCAACAUUAGCGAUCUGAUUUGGUUUUAUAUAACAAACAACAAUUCUUAAUUUACAUACUACAAUUUCCAAAUGAUGUACUCUGCCUUAAAUUUGGCCAAUUCUAUGGAUUAUUAAUUUGAAUUUAUAAUUGUAGAACCUGAUGAGAAAUUAUUGAAAAGAAGAUUCUUCGUCCAUAUAAUUGUGUUUUAAUAUAAUGGGAAUUUUCCAGCGAGUUGUUUAGGAUACUUUAUUAAGAUGAUAAAGGUAAUUUCUUGUCAAAGUACCAGUCCUGUUUGGCUUAUGUUUUUAGUUUCUAAAAAUCGAAUGUUAGUCCUCGGUCUUUAGAUUUACUUGUAUACAAAAUGUAUGUUAUUGAGGUUCCAGCACAUUUAAUACUCGUCUUAUAAAUUCACAUCAUUUAGUUUGCAGUAUUUUUAGAUCCACAUUUUUAACCCGAAAGUCGAGCACUUGUGACCGUAACCUUCGUCUCAACCUCGCUAUUGUGACACAUAGUGAAGUAGUUCUUAUGUCUAAAGAAAUUGAUUUACAUCUAGCAUUUAAUAUCUAUUCUUUACACAUAAGAAAAUAUCGUCUAUACACCAGAUAAUUCUUACCAAACGUGUAUUGAGCCCUGGAUUCAAAAUACUCCUAACUGUCCGGUGGACCGUAAACCGAUUCCAAAAGCAUCAAUGCAUCAUGAUUUCAUUGUAGAAAAUAUAAUAGGUGAUUAUAUGGAUAUCUCAAGAUGUUGACUUUCUAUGGGAAAGACGUUACUGCCACUACAUCCCGAUAUGGUUAGCAGUGCGACUUCGUACUUUAUCCUCAGACUAAAUCCAACUGUAUUAGGAUUUGCCAUAUUUUCGCCAACUAAAUAGUCUAAUGUUUGUGUCAAUGAGCAGUUUUUGUUUUCAGUAAGUUGUUUAUACUGUUUUAAAUUGUUGCAACGAUAAACUUGAAUCCAGUACAUUUGCUAUGGAUUCAGUGAUAACAAUAUUUGUUUUUCAUUUUACUAUUCAUUUUUGCAAUACAUUAAUUUUCCCUUCAGGUCGCAUGUCCUUGGCGUGCACUUGGAUGUGAUUUUAUUGGACAGUUAUCCCUUUUACCUGGUCAUAAGAAAACAUGUGUCAUGAAUCCAAGUACUAUGCCUCCAGCUCUACGUGCUCAUACCUCAGCUUCCUUAAAUGUUAAUAGCAAUCAAUCUCUAGAUAUGAAAUCUUGUAAUAAUAAUCAACAGUCGUCAGUAAAAGUUAGUUUUGUGUUUCAGUCACAACUUCCUUUGAAUACAAUUACAACGACAGAGAGAAAUAUUGAUGGCGAUCAGUGUCUUAAUAUUCAUAGUAUUGGGUCAAGAAAUGGCUCAGGUUCCUACGAUGAUGCUCAUGAAGAAAGUCUUAUACUUGUUAGUGAUGAUGAAGCUAAUUUACCGCCUGCUCCACCACCCAGUCUUUUAUUCCGACUAUACCAUAAUUCUGAUGCGAAUAGUCGUGGUUUAUUAUGUGAUUUUAUACAAAAUGGUUCAAAUACUACAACUCAGUCCUCUAGUAUUAACAAUAAAACCAAGAAUAGCCCUAAUAAACGAAGACGUAAAAAUUAAACUUGAAUUCAAUACUGUUCCGGUCGAUUUCCCAAAGCAUUUCAAACUAGUGUUUAAACUUUUGCUUAAUAUGUACAUUUGUAAACACAAAUAUCCGAAAUGUUUUCUUUGGAAUGUUGUUUAAAAGACAUUAAUUGUUGUUUCAG